GGCGGCGGUGCCGGGCCGGGGUCGCUCCGGUGCCGGUCCCGGUGCCGGUGUCGGUUCCGUGUCUGUGUCUGCCAUGCGGGCCGAGCUGCGGGGCCUGGCCGGGCCCGUGGAGCUGCCCGACGGGCAGCCCGUGCUGCUGGGCCGCGGGCCGCUCACCGGCGUCACCGACCGCAAGUGCUCCCGGCAGCAGGUGGAGAUCGUGGCCAACUACGCCGAGGGCACGGCCCGGGUCACACAGCGUGGGGUGAACCCCAGCUCGGUGGGGGGCUCCGUGCUGGGCCGGGGGGGCUGCGGGACCCUCGCCCCCGGGCAGACGCUGCUGCUGGUGAACGGGAGGUACCCCCUGGUGCUGCACUUCGAGGGGUCCCCCACCCCAAAAAACGCCCCGCCAGCCCCCCCCGGGACCCCCCCCCCGGCCCGCAGAGCCCCCCCAGACCCCUCCCAGGAUCAGGGGGGGUGGCAGAAAGUGGGACCCCUCCUCAUCUUCACCCCCGCAGGGGUCCGGCCCAGCACCAAGAUUGCGGGGUUCGACCUGGACGGGACCCUCAUCACCACCCGCUCCGGGAAGGUGUUCCCCACCAGCCCCGACGACUGGAGGAUUUUGUACCCCGAGAUCCCCAAGAAGCUGAAAGAGCUGCAGAGUGAGGGCUACAAGCUCGUGCUGUUCACCAACCAGCUGGGCAUCUCCCGGGGCCGGCUGCGCCCGGAGCUGUUCCAGGCCAAGGUGGAGGCGGUGAUGCAGCAACUCGGGGUGGCCCUGCAGGUGUUGGUGGCCACGGGGCCGGGGAUCUACAGGAAACCAGUGCUGGGAAUGUGGGACCACCUGUGCGAGAAGGCCAACGGGGACGUGACGGUGUCGGUGCCCGACAGUUUCUACGUCGGGGACGCUGCCGGACGCCCCCCGAACUGGGCCCCGGGGCGGAAGAAAAAGGAUUUCUCCUGCAGCGACCGAUUGUUUGCUCUCAACGCGGGGCUGCGGUUCCUGACUCCUGAGGAAAACUUCCUGGGCUGGGCCCCAGCGCCCUUUGAGCUGCCAGCCUUCGACCCCCGGGACCUGGACGAAGCCCCCCGGGAGCUCCCCGAGGCUGAACUGGUGUCGGACAGGCCCGAGGUGCUGCUGACCGUCGGCUUCCCCGGGGCCGGCAAAUCCACUUUUGUGAAGCGGCACCUGGUCCCGGCAGGAUACGAAUACGUGAACAGGGACACGCUGGGCUCGUGGCAACGCUGCGUCUCUGCCUGCUCGGCCGCCCUGGCUCGCGGCCGCUCCGUUGUUGUGGACAACACCAACCCAGACCCUGAAUCGCGGCAAAGGUUCGUGUCCUGUGCCCGGGAGGCUGCGGUGCCGUGUCGGUGCCUCCAGUUCACGGCGAGCCUGGAGCAGGCGCGGCACAACUGCAGGUUCCGGGAUAUGACGCAGAGCGGCCACGUCCCCGUCACUGACGCUGUUCUGUUCAGCUACAAGAAACAAUUUGUGGCCCCCGACCUCUCCGAAGGCUUCUCCCAAAUCCUCCAGAUCCCCUUUGUGCCCCAUUUUGGGGACCCCCCAGACCCCCAGCGAAGGCGCCUCUUCUUCCAGUUCAGCGAUGGAUGAAGACCCCCCCCCCACUGAACCCCCAAAUAAAGGCACUGCCCCUACCCCAAUUUUUGGGAGA